AUGAAUAUCAACCACCCAUUGCUGAGAGCCACUACCAUGGCCGAAAUCGCACUCAAGGCGCAGCGGAAUCAGCAACAGGAGCAACAGCAGAAGCGGAACUUCUCCCAGUUCACCUCCUACUACUACCAGUUCCCCAAGAUUCCUCGCCCCAAGAGGAACGUCUUGUACUACUCGACCUGGACAUCCAAGGGCUCUAAGUUCAUGCCUACAAGAAAGAACAUCCACUUCCCCAACUUGAGAAUCUCCCGUAGAUCGCUUUCCAAUGCCAACCAGAAGUUGAAAGUCAAAACUAAGAACUUUCACAAGCGAUUCUUCUCUGUAGAGGCUCGUAAAAGGAGACAACAGCGCCGUAGAUUUAUCAGAUGGUGGACCAUCACGUCGUUGGCCAUCGUGUUGGGUGGUGUUGCUGCCAAAGUCAGCUACGAACGCGGUGAGCAAAACGACGAAGAAUCGGGUCCUCACCAGUAUCGUAUCAAGCCACAGUCAUGGCACUUGUAUGCCUAUUCGACUUUACCCUUAAAGACCAUUUCGCGUAUCUGGGGCCAGGUCAACUCGAUCAACUUGCCUGUCUGGGUCAGGUCGCCAUCUUACAGACUCUACUCGGCCCUCUUCGGUGUCAACUUGGACGAAAUGGACGAACCGGAUCUCACUACAUACAGUAAUCUCUCAGAAUUCUUUUACCGUAAGUUGAAACCAGGUAUCCGUCCCCUCGGUGAUAGUGACCUUGUUUCUCCAUCUGACGGAAAAGUGUUGAAGUUUGGUGUCAUCGAAGACGGCGAAAUCGAACAGGUCAAGGGCAUGACCUACUCAAUUGACGCUCUUUUAGGGUUGAAGACUCAAAGAUUGGCAGCACCAAGUCACUCCUUGGACUUCGACUACAAUCUGGACGACUUUGCCGUUAUGGAAAGGCACGAAGAGUUUGCCAAAAUCAACGGAAUCUCGUAUUCUGUAGACGAUAUAAUUGGUGGCGAAGGCUCAGAAACUUACCACAUUAACAAAUUAGAUUACAAGGAUGUUCAUGAUGGUACAGCCAAGGGUUCAAGAGCCACAUUCUCUAAGGAAAUGGCCGUGGCCAAGAACUUGGCCCCCACUCCGUUAGACGCUAUCAAAACUAGCCCAAACAAGCAAUUGUAUUUCACAGUUAUCUAUUUGGCUCCCGGCGAUUAUCAUAGAUACCACUCUCCUACUAACUGGGUGACUACUUUGAGAAGACACUUUAUUGGUGAAUUAUUCUCUGUAGCUCCCUUCUUCCAAAAGACCUUACAGGGCCUCUUUGUGUUGAACGAAAGAGUUGCCUUGCUCGGCUACUGGAAGUAUGGCUUUUUCUCGAUGAUUCCUGUAGGUGCUACCAACGUCGGUAGUAUUGUAGUAAACUUCGAUAAGGACUUGAAGACCAAUGAAAGGUACGAACACGAAGUAUAUCUGAGAAAUUCUACCCCUGAUGAGAACACUCCUUUGCUUGAGGGAGUCAGCGAUUCUGAAUCUUCCACAGACUUGACUACACUCUCCACUACUAGUUCAGAGCCAGAUAAGAAGGAAAAGAAGAAAUUGAAGAAGAAUACAGUUUACGAAGCUACGUACACCAAGGCCAGUAGAUUACUAGGCGGUGUUCCAUUGUCCAAGGGACAAGAGGUUGGUGGAUUCAAGUUGGGUUCUACAGUGGUGUUGGUCUUUGAAGCCCCCGAAAACUUCAAGUUCAACUUACAGAUCGGUCAAAAGGUCAAAAUGGGGCAGUCAUUGGGAGAUUUUGUGUGA